CAUCUUGAUCCCUUGAAUCUUUAGGACCAGUCCAUGGCCUUUGGUAGCGACAGGAGUCGUUUUGUAGACAACCAAUUCUCGGGGAAGAGGGCGGUGGAAGAUAAGAAUGUAGGACCACUCAUCAAGACCAUAAUGACUCGAUGUAUUCAUUGCACAAGAUGUAUCAGAUUUGCUAGUGAAGUAGCAGGAGUAGAUGACUUGGGUACAACAGGCAGAGGAGGGGAGAUGCAGGUUGGAACAUAUAUUGAGAAAAUGUUUGCCUCAGAAUUAUCUGGAAACGUCAUAGAUUUGUGUCCUGUGGGGGCGCUAACAUCCAAGCCCUACGCCUUCACUGCCCGUCCCUGGGAGACCAGGAAGAUAGAAUCAGUUGAUGUACUGGAUGCAGUCGGUAGCAACAUAGUUGUCAACACAAGAGCUGGAGAGGUCAUGAGGAUUCUACCAAGGAUGAAUGAGGAAAUCAAUGAGGAAUGGCUCUCUGAUAAGAGUCGCUUUGCUUACGAUGGUCUGAAGAGGCAGAGAUUGACAGUACCGAUGGUGAAGAAUGAAGAAGGCAACCUCACACCCACAGACUGGGAAGAAGCUCUCACAAGGGUUGCAUCUCAGCUUUCAGAAGUUGAAGGAAAUCAAAUUGCAGCAAUUGCUGGGGGUCUUGUAGAUGCAGAGGCGUUGGUAUCACUGAAGGAUCUCUUGAAUGGACUGGGAUCAGAGGGACUAUGCACAGAAGAAACCUUUCCUAUGGAUGCCGCAGGAACGGAUCUUCGAUCAAACUACCUGCUGAACACGAGUAUUGCAGGAGUAGAAGAAGCAGACUUGAUCUUGCUGGUGGGAACCAACCCCCGCUAUGAGGCACCUCUGUUCAACGCUCGCAUCCGCAAGAGCUGGAUUCACAAUGACCUUCAGGUCGCAUUGGUAGGCCAGCAGGUGGAUCUUACUUAUGACUAUGAGCACAUUGGAGAUUCCACUGCCAUCCUGAAGCAGCUUGCAGACGGCUCACACCCCUUCUCCAAGACCCUCAAGGCUGCCAAGAAUCCCAUGAUCGUCGUCGGUAGCGGUGCCUUCCAGCGAUCCGACGGUGCUGCCAUCCAUGCCGCUGUGACGUCCCUUGCUCAGGCUGUCAGAGCUAGCAGCGGUGCCCCGCAGGAUUGGAGGGUGCUCAAUGUCCUGCAGAGGGUUGCAAGUCAGGUAGCUGCCCUUGACCUUGGUUACCAAGCCGGCGUGGAUCACAUCCGGGAGACCAAGCCCAAGGUUCUGUUCCUUCUAGGAGCCGAUGAGGGAACCAUCACAAGGGAUGAUCUCCCACAGGAUUGCUUCGUAGUCUACCAAGGUCACCAUGGUGAUGCUGGAGCUACAAUGGCUGAUGUUGUUCUGCCUGGUGCUGCAUACACAGAAAAGACUGCUACUUACGUCAACACAGAGGGACGCGCUCAACAAACAAGACUAGCCGUGUCUCCACCAGGAUUUGCAAGGGAGGAUUGGAAGAUUAUCAGAGCUCUAUCAGAGGUCGCUGGGAAUCAACUUGGGUAUGAUGACAUUGAUGGAGUAAGACAGAGGUUAGCUGAGGUCUCACCAAAUCUUGUACGCUAUGGAGACGUAGAGGAGGCCAACUUCUUUGAACAAUCUAGUGUGCUUGGAAAGACGGUAAGCACCAAACUAUCAGAACAAGCACUGCAGGUCAAGCAAACGACACUGGACAAAUUCUACAUGACAGACUCCAUCAGCAGGGCUUCCCAGACCAUGGCCAAGUGUGUGCAAGCUGCGUCCCAUGCACAGGAUAAAUAGCGCCCUCGUGCUUUAGAAUUGUUAUAUUUAUAAUGCAACAUGUGUAUGUACAGAGAAGUUAUUGAAUGGUUGCUUACAAGGAUGAGGUAAGAAGCAUGGGCUUGUUCUUCAAAUCCAUUCAAUGCUGAAUCUAAUGUUACGAUGAUACUUGCACGAUUUGGGGGCCUGAUUGAUUUACGACUAGUGUGCGCACAGAAUUGUGCCAUGUCCAGAGCUGCCAAGUAGUACGGAUGAGAAGAAUACUGAUGGUUUCAUGCAAAA